AUGUGGAAAUGGAUACUGACACAUUGUGCCUCAGCCUUUCCCCACCUGCCGAGCUGCUGUUGCUGCUUCUUGUUGCUCUUCUUGGUGUCUUCCGUCCCUGUCACCUGCCAAGCUCCUGGUCAGGACAUGGUGUCACCGGAGGCCACCAACUCCUCUUCCUCCUCCUCCUCUUCCUCCUCCUCGUCCUCCUCCUUGUCCUCUCCUUCCAGUGCAGGGAGGCAUGUGCGGAGCUACAAUCACCUCCAAGGAGAUGUCCGCUGGAGAAAGCUGUUCUCCUUCACCAAGUACUUUCUCAAGAUUGAGAAGAACGGAAAGGUCAGCGGUACCAAGAAGGAAAACUGUCCGUACAGUAUCCUAGAGAUAACAUCAGUGGAAAUCGGAGUUGUUGCCGUCAAAGCCAUUAACAGCAACUAUUACUUAGCCAUGAACAAGAAGGGGAAACUCUAUGGUUCAAAAGAAUUUAACAAUGACUGUAAGCUGAAAGAGAGGAUAGAGGAAAAUGGAUACAACACCUAUGCAUCCUUUAACUGGCAACACAAUGGAAGGCAGAUGUAUGUAGCAUUAAAUGGAAAAGGAGCUCCCAGGAGAGGACAAAAAACACGAAGGAAAAACACCUCUGCUCACUUCCUCCCGAUGGUGGUUCACUCAUAGAAGAAGGAACUGUUGGUGGAUGUAGCACAACCAAAGACUCUUUAACCAGGAAGAGGUGGAGUUGGUAUCCUCACAGAAGACUGCAGUGGAAAAGGCAAAGACAUAUCCGAGUUUGGCUUGCUUAAAGAAGGAAGGCUUUGGAGGUUUCUGUACUCACUGCUGACAUGUGAAGUUCUUUUCAUUAGCUCUGUGUCAUGUCUUAUACCCAAGAUAGAGGCAAAUCAAAUGAGAUGGAAGUUAUCCCUAAGUGAACAACUUUGUGGCUGGGGUGUUUUCUUCUUUGUUUGUUUUUUAAGUUUAUGUUUUUGAACUUCUGAGAUAGAACUUAAAGGACAUGGGACAAUCUGUUGAAUGAUCUUUGGGAAAGUUAUUUAUGGAAUAUGAACAUGUAUCAAAGACUUUCAUUGCUCAUUCAAGCCUGAUGAUUCAAUGGGCAGGAAGACACGCAGGCAUUUACUGGAAAGCUCUUGGGUCAUAUCGUAUGCACAACCAAAGGAGCUUUGGGUGUGGCACCAUGGAAGAAUUGGAUCAGACUUACAAAUAUAAACAUAUUAGUGUGAAACUGUUCUAACAAUACAAAUAGUAUGGUAUGCUUGUGCAUUCUGCCUUCAUCCUUUACUAUUCCUUUCUAAGUUAUUUAUUUAAUAGGAUGUUAAAUAUCUUUUUGAGGUUUUAAAGAGUAUACUCAGCGCUGCCCUCUGAUUUGCCUUCUCAUUUUUUGGCACCCUAUUCAUAUUCAUGACAAAGUGUUUUAAAAACUUAGCCAACACUUCAGAAAUAGGAGGUGAGAUCAAGGGAGCAGUACAAGUGCCCCACCAGUUGACUUAAUUUGCACUUCUGCAAUAAGAACCACCAGUGAUGACUAUGGCAGAGUUCUGCUAUAUUUUAAGGAACAGAUACCUCAUCAUUUGCCAACAUGUAUCAGUCCUGAAGCUUCCUAACCUAAAACCAUAGAAGGCCAAAUUCUCUUUCGUUGCCUUAUUUCAUCUCCAUGACUAUACCAAAAGAAGGAAAAUGAGUUGCUAGAUUUUAGGCUAACCUUUUCUUUUCUUUCUUUCUCUUUCCUUUCCUUUCCUGUCCUUUCCUUUUCUUUUUUCCAUGAUGUCUUGCUAUAGGUCACAGUGGCAAAUGAUGUAAAGGUUAUCUGCCUAUUCAAGAACCUUUUAAGUCCCACAGAAUGCUUUUCCCCAAAAGGAACCAAAAGGAAAUUUGGACUGAAGUGCAACUCUCCCAGGGGCUAAAACUGAGCAAAUAUAACCUGGUAUAUGUGUAACCACAUACUGAAACCUGUUCAAGCUGUAUGAUCUAGUCUUUACAAAACCAAAUAAAGCUUGUUUUCCGUACAUUUAAAGUGUUCUAGAAGGUUCCAUAACAUAAACACAUCGAAGUUCAUUUUCUUAGAGCAGGUAUAGAAAGCAAUAUGUAAGUGUACCAUUCACUGUCACUUUGUAUUUCAGUAAAUAAACACAUAAGCCUUAUUUGCAGUGUCUGUAGUGAUUUAAAAAUGUAAAAACCACUAUUUGUUCUAAAUAUUUUAAUGGAUAACUCUAGACUAUAUUGAUGCUGCAGUUUUAUCUCCUUAUUUCUUGUUUGGAAAAGUCUGUUUGUUUUUUUAUUGUUUGGAUAUAGUAUUUUGGUAUGAACGAAAGACUCACCAAAUGUUCUUUUUACUAAAAAUUUAACUUCUACAAAGGCUGGUUAUUUGGGGACCUCUUCUAACAUAUUUGUGCUGAGGCUUAGCCAGUGCAAAUCAAUUAUUUAAAAUAUUAAGUUAAAUAUUAAUCAGUUAUUCAAAAAUCAGCUUUUUUGAUAAUGUUCCCACAGAGUAAUCCAACAAAGGUCAUAUUUUAUGAUUUUUUCAAAAAGCUGUUAUUUCAAGAGAAAUGAACAGAGGCACAGUGCUUUGGUUUAUGGGUGUAGUUGCAUUUCAUGGUACUUUUCUUUCAACUUGUUUUGUGACAAAUGGGAUUUUUAAAAUGUAUACUUUUGUGGUUGGAUUCUGUAUGUUAAAAUUUAAUAGGUAACGAGUCUGAGAUCUCUAAUGUAAUGCAUCUCUAGAAAAACUAGGUAUCUCUUUUUUCUUUUAUUUUAAAAUAAUAAUUAUACCUGACACAUGAACACGGACCACCCACAACCAAAAUUAAAUGUUUGGGGAGACAAACUAUAGUAUUCAAUGACCAGAGUUACAGCAAAUAGGGCAGAUGUUGGAUUCUUAUUUCACAUUGCCAUUUAGAUUACUAAAGAGACUACAUGUAAACAGUCAUCAUUAUAGUACUCAAGACAUUAAACAGCUUCUAGCAAAAUGUAUCAAAGCUUGCAGAGUCCAAAAAUAGGAAACAUCUUUCCCCUCCCCCACCCUCCAUCUUUCUCUGUAUACAUCCUAACACAGAUAAAUACAGAAACAAUUUGAUAUGGAGUUUGGAUUCUUCCGCAUUAAAAAACUGUAUCUUUGUUUGAUAUUGAUAUUCACUUUUACAACUACUGAAAGAAAAUAUGUUCAGUCCUAAAUGUUGUGUGCUUAGAAAAAAAAAAGCUUCAGGACUUUGGGAACUCUGCCUCUGUGGGAAGGAUGGGCACUGGUCCACCAUGCUCAAGUGUAUCAGCCACCAAUACAAGGCCCUGUGAGCUGUGAGUGCUGGCACUGAGAUUCCUGAAAGAUAUAGAGUCAUUCUCUCCUUCUACCCCAAAAGGCUGAACAGUGUAUAUUAUGUUACAUUUAAAUAAAGGCAAUAAAGAUGCUGGGAAA